AUGUUUCUACACCACGUCAAGGUCAUCCUGCGACUGCUUCUAACAACCGCUGCUGUAUCCCCGGUCGUCAACAGCCAGACGCAAUCGCAAUGCUGCAGCCAUGAUGGCCCCAAGCUCGGAGCCGUCGCGUCGGAAAACAGCAUAUGUAGUAGGAUUGGUACGCGCUUGCUGGAAGACGGCGGCAAUGCAGUCGACGCUCUCGUCGGCACAGUGUUUUGUGUAGGCGUGACGAGCGUGUACCACAGCGGAAUCGGUGGCGGCGGCUUUUUGCUCCUGAGAUUGCCAAACAGGACCUAUGAGUUUGUCGACUUCCGUGAAACUGCCCCGGCCGCGGCGUCUGAGAACAUGUUCAAGGGAAACGUAAACGCAAGCAUUUUCGGUGGUCUGGCCAGGAGAGGUUGUUCGUCUGACCUUGUCCUCAGCGGCGUUCCUGGCGAGUUGAGAGGCACGGAAUAUAUUCACAAGAGAUACGGCGCUCUGAAAUGGGUUGAUGUUUUGGCACCUUCCAUCAAGCUUGCGCGUUUCGGGUUCCCCGUGAGCCAAGAUUUGGUCCGGUACAUGGACUCGACGUCUCCAAAUGCAUUUCUCACAGAGGACCCGUCUUGGGCCAUGGACUUUGCCCCUCGAGGAUGUCGAGUACGCCUCGGGGAAACCAUGACGCGGAAGCGGUACGCAGACACGCUCGAGACCAUUGCAAACGAAGGCGCCGAUGCUUUCUACACUGGUUCCAUCGCAAAGGCGACAAUCCGGGCCUUGAGGGCAGCCAACGGAACCAUGACCUUGGAGGACCUCAGAAAUUACACCGUCGCCCUUCGAGAACCAGUUCAUCUAACGUACCGAGGAUACAGACUCACCAGCACGAAUGCUCCCUCGAGCGGCGUUGUGGCUCUUAGUGCCUUGAACAUAUUGAGUGGCUACAAUGAUUUCCCGGACCCAAGUCGAUCGAAUCUGUCGACGCAUCUCAUGGAUGAGGCGACCAAGUUCGCAUACGGACAGCGUACCAAGCUUGGUGAUCCAUCUUUCGUCCCCGGCCUGGAAAAGUACACCGAGAACAUGAUUUCCUCCAAGACGGGUGACGAAGUUCGCUCCAAGAUAGUCGACCAGAAGACAUUCCACGUGUCCUACUACGACCCCGAAGGCCUCGAGUCUCUGGAGACCCCAGGAACAUCCCACAUUGUGGCUGCAGACGCCAGGGGCAUGUCCGUGUCAAUGACCACAACAGUCAACCUGCUCUUCGGAUCGAAUCUCAUGGUCCCCGAAACCGGCGUCGUCAUGAACAACGAAAUGAACGACUUUAGCAUUCCCGGGGAGAGCAACGCCUUCGGAUACGUCCCGAGCCCUGCAAACUUUGUCCGACCCGGAAAGCGGCCGCUAUCAUCCAUUUCCCCCAUCAUUUGUGAGACUGCAGACGGCAGGCUGUUCUUCUCCAUCGGGGCGGCGGGAGGAAGUCGCAUCAUCACUGCGAAUAUUCAGAACGCAAUCCACCUGAUGGAUGGCAACAUGACGAUAUCAGAUGCCUUGAGGGAGCCAAGACUCCACGAUCAGCUUGUCCCAAGCCGGGUGAGUUUUGAAUACACGUACAACAACGGAACAGUAGAACACAUGAAGUCUCUAGGCUACAACGUCACCUGGGUAGCGCCUGGACAGAGUGCUGCACAAGGAUUGCGGCUGUUGCCCAACGGAACAUUUGAGGCGUGUGGAGAGCCGAGACAGAAGAACUCGGGAGGCUUUGCGGUGUAG